AUGUCAGAUCACAUCCCGUUCGAACUCCAAUCUGAAAUCACGAAGAGGCUGCCUGUGAAGUCGUUGAUUCAAUUCCGAUCGGUCUGCAAACCAUGGAAGUCUCUGAUCGACAGUUCUGAUUUCGUUAAGCAUUAUAGCGGCCAACAGCAACAUCUACUUGUAAGGUAUCAAGAUGCCGUUGAUCAUAAGGAAAAAUACGUUUCAAUUGUUGAUGAUGAUGAUACUUUCCCCAUGCAGAAAGUUACUGUGACUAUUCCCCCAUUUGUGGUUAAUAUGCUUAAACAUUCUACAACAAUGGGAAGCUCUCACGGCUUGUUGUGUUUGUACAAUGAUGACAUGGCUGUUAUUUGGAAUCCUUCGAUUUCCAAAGCGGUUGCUGUUGUUCUGCCUAAAAGGAAUUAUAAUGAGAUAUGGGGAACCGAUCUAGGUUUUGGGGUUUGUCGCGAGACUCUUGACCCGAAGAUAGUCAAGAUUAAUUAUGUUCUUAAUCCAUCAAGCGAUAUCGAGUGUGUAGUUUGCAUCCCUGAGGUGUUUACAUUAAGCACAGGUGCCUGGAGAAGUCCCUAUGGCAGCUUUCUCCCUCGUAAAUCAAUUAGAUUUUCCGAGUCACGGGUAGCUGUAGAUGGAGUUCUUUACUGGCUUGCUGAUGAUGGCACCAGUGAAUAUAAUUAUAGUUACCUGAUUAUAUUAUUUGAUAUCACAAGUGAAGAGUUUAAAGAAGUAAACCUCCCUGAUAGAUUAGCACGCAACCAUGCACGCUACUUGUCAAUCUUUAAGCUAAGAAACACUCUUGCUGUGCUUCAAUUUGAUGUAAGGGAAAUACUUUACGAUGUAUGGAUGAUGACGGACGGUGUUUCUAGUUCGUUUAUAAAGCUAUUCACUAUUUGCCUAUCAGACGUAGAAGCACUUUUUGUACAGGAAUUUAGGAAGAGUGGCGAACCUGUAAUUGAUGUACGACGUAUUUGCGGACAGCAUGAUGAUUUAUCACUUGUUGUUUACGAACCCAACUCAAAACAAAUAAACAGUCUUGGGAUUAAUGGUUAUUAUUAUGAUGUGAAUGCCUACAUGGAAACACUACUCCUGCUUGAUCAACCAGAUUUAAUUAUUUAUGGUAACACUACUCCUGCUUUUGAAGCAUAA